AUUAUAAACUUCAUUCUAAAGCUUUUGCAUAUCACUUUAUUUUUUCAGAUCGUUGGACCCUAGAAGAGCUAAGUAGUGUAAUGCAUGUCCCCCCGGGCCUACUCAAAAGACGAUUGGGAUUUUGGAUUAGUCAGGGGGUCCUCAAAGAGGAGUCUACAGAUACCUUUGUUGUCGUGGAAAAGCAGAAAGGACAACAGAGGUUACCAGGUAUGUUGAACUGCAGACCCUCCUCUGGCUUAUUAAAGGGAAGAGGGAGUGGAUCAAGGAAACUAUUCUCUCUGACACUCCCCUGACACCUUACCUAGAAAGUGUAGAAAGUAUUCCUCAACACUGAUUAUACCAAGCUCUGUUGGUUUUUGAAUUGUUGGCUCUUAUGUGGUUAAAGACUCUUGGAUAGUUAGACUUUCAAAAUGCAAGGAAUAAGAAAAUGAUCUUCCUUUAAGCCUAGAUCAGCAAAUUUCAGAAAUUUGUGGUUAUUAGCAUUAAUGUUGAAAUAAUUUAGCCAAGGGUGUUGAACUGGAAAAUAAAACUAAAAAAAUGGAACUUCUUGUUUCAUUGCAGAAGUAAUCAUGGAUGCUGAGGUAGAGUCUGUUAUGGCUUCUUCGCAGGAUCAAAGAGAAGAGGAAUUGCAGGUAAAAUUUUACAAACUCCUUGUCCUGUAAAUUAAGCUGUGUUGACUCGUAUUAGCAAAAUUGUUAUAUACACACUAAUUAAGGGCUUAACAAUCUCUCAGUGCCCACUCAAUGAAACUCCCUCCCAGAAACAUUUUCUGAUUUAUAACCUUUGGUAUGAAUGUGAGAUUUAUUGUAAAAUACAUUUUCAGUUGAUAAUCGAGGCAAUGUAGGGGGUGAUUCAUGUUGGAGCUCUUAUCAGCACUGGUGGUGCUUCUCAAAGCAUUGCCAACAGUCCAGAUCAUCUGUCCACAUAGAAUGCAUUAAUAAAAGUAUGACACCUGUUACCCAGGGCUGUCAAUAAGGGCUGAUAGCCGGCCAAAACCGCCAGCUAGUUAGCCAUCGUUAGCCGGCUACUUUCAUCUCCUUCUAUGAAUAAAAUUGUAAAGCGUCCAUUUCCCAGUUUUGAGUGACAUUGAAAGCAUAUUUAAACAGGUUCAGAUCUGUGAAAUGUUUGAGCCGGGCAAUGUUGUGGAACACCCUGGACAUUGUGAUGGCAUUUUCCCUGUCUUGCGUGUAUUGUGAUGAAACAACAUGGUGUGCGCAGUGGAAAACACCUCUUGAAAACCACUGGAAACGCCAUUUCCAAGACUCUAAAUUUCAAAAUGUCUCUAGAUGCCUUGGCCCUCAAGAACUUGUGCCUUGGUGCGAGUUCCAAAGCUGCCUACUAUUCAUUAUCAGCCUGCUACUUAAAAACUUUUUGACAGCCCUGGUUACCCCAGUGCUAUGGUCAUGCCUCGUUAUUCAUGAUUUGCAUCAUAUAUCUUGUAGGUAUUUUGGUCGUACAUCGUUGGUAUGCUUACAAAUCUGGAGAGCCUGCCAUUGGACAGAAUACAUUCCAUGUUACGCAUGUUUGCGAUGCAAGAUCCCUCCUCCAGCCAGUGCAGUGUGGAUGACUUGAGACAGUUCCUUGGUCGCAAAGUUAAGGACCAGGAACUGCAGUUUGUUAAUGGAUUUUACAGGUUACCAAAGUCAGGCAGAUAGCAAUCGUCAUAGCUGUAAGAUGGACACUGAUGUUCUGUCAGUUAUUCAUUUCAAUUAUUGGUCUGGGUCAAGGCAGCAUUGGUUGUCUGUUGUGAGUCUUUUAAUUACUCCAUUCAACAAAAUUUAUUGUUGUAUAAACUUUGUCUACUGUUGCCCAUAUUGUCAAGAGCCAUCAUAGUGUGGAAGCACAUAGACUACUUGUAGUGUAUGCAACUUAGGGCCUAUUUACAUGGAGUGGGGGACUCUGGUCUAGUGGGGUUGGUUUCUUUUGUUUUCAC